AUGGCUUCUUCCAUGGGCAAUCCUACAGCAGUGCAAAACGCCCGAAGCAACCGUCUUGCCUCGUUCGAUCAAGUCUCGGGCUUGAAGACACCGUUGCAUUUCGGAACAGGUUUCAAUUCCGCCAAAACCGCAUGGAACAGCAACAUUUGGGCAAAUGCUAGCCGCCCGAAUGCUUUUACAGAUGGAGCCGGAGACGCUGUGCUUUCUACAGAUUCGACCUCGCAUUCUACUGAAGGUGAUACACCAUUCGAAGGCAAGACCGGUUCAGGGUCACUCCUAUCCACAUCUGAAUCUGAUGGGUGGAAUGGGCGCUCGGGACUACCCUGGCCGUCCUCUGUUAAUAACACCUCACCAAUUCUAUCAAGAACGAACAGCCACAAUAUUUCGCCUCUCAGACCACGAAAUGGCGACCAGGGCUCUCUGCAGAUGCAAGAUUCCAAUGGACGCUCCCUACCACUAUCAUCGCUCAAUCGCCCUGGCAUCGGCCAAAUGACGGAUCAGGCUCCACUGAACAACCAAAUGAAUCCGAUGUUAAGCUUGUCUUCGCAGGGCUCGAACGUCAACUCCUUCUCUGCUUUUGACGAUUCUGGCCAGGAUGAGGAACAGCAGCCCAUUACGAAAACGAUCACAUUCGGUGCCAGCUCUUUCGUUCCUUCUACGUCGUCAGCUAAGCAUUACGCAAGCGCUCCGUCGGACCAUGCAAUGCCUAACAACCCCGUCCUUCAACAAAUCAGCGCUUCUCGAACCAACUCGGAUAUGCGAUCCGGCACGUAUUUUCGACCCUCAGCCUUUGUCUCCAAAUCCAAUCUCUCACACAAUAGUGCAUCUCGGGCAUUUCACCGCCCUUUCCAUUCCACUGAUGCUUCCCUUGACACAACUCUGGAAGAUAUUGACGACCGCGCUAGUGGUAGAGACGAGCACUUAGUUUCAGAAUUGGAAAAGCUGGGAUUGCAUGGUACCAAUCAAUUUAUACAAAGCUCAAGGUCGAAUGAUCGACCAACAUUCAGCUCUCAGAUGUCUUACAACAUCUCUGCUGAGCGGUCCACUUUCCGAAGUGUUUCUGGCGAGAGAUUAACGUCCGCCCAAGUCCCGUACAUGUCAGACGGCUUGUCUGACCAUGGAUUUCACUACCCUCCAGCAUAUCAUCGUAGCACACCCUAUGGCAAUCGCGGAUCUUCCUCACCAAGCAUGAGUGAAACCCGAAAGGAACCCACCACUCCGUUUUACUCCACGGCCAGUACGCCGCCUACGGCGCCAAAUCCAUUUAACGCAGGCUCUGAUAGCGGUGUGUCGAGCAGAGUGCCAAGUGGUCAAGCCACGUUACUAGAGAAAAAGCUACGAGGACUUCAACCUUACCAGACUGAGCAGCAAUACUUGCAGGCCAACCCGUUGCAAAUGCGUCCUUCGUACCAACAACAAAUCGACACGCCAUAUCAAUCACAGAUUCAAAUGAAUCCUCUUGCGAGGCCAUAUGCGAUGCCAUCUUACUCUGCAUACUCCAACAUCCAAUCCGCGCCAUCACAACAUCUGCGUUAUAGCCAGACUGAACAAGAUUCGAAUCAGGUGAUUCGGAGCCCUUUGCUUGAGGAUUUUCGAACAAACAGCAAGACUAAUAAGCGUUACGAACUCAAGGACAUCUACAAUCAUGUGGUUGAGUUCAGUGGUGAUCAAUAUGGCUCUCGUUUCAUUCAGCAGAAGUUGGAGACUGCCAAUUCUGAUGAGAAGGACCAGAUCUUCGGUGAAAUACAGCCAAAUUCAAUUCAACUGAUGACGGACGUCUUUGGCAAUUAUGUGAUCCAGAAACUCUUCGAGCAUGGCAACCAAGCGCAGAAGAAGAUCCUUGCAAACCAGAUGAAAGGUCACAUCAUGACUCUCUCCACGCAGAUGUAUGGUUGUAGGGUAGUUCAAAAGGCACUGGAACAUGUGCUAGUUGACCAACAAGCCAGCAUUGUAAAGGAACUCGAGAACAAUGUAUUGAAGUGCGUCAAGGAUCAGAACGGCAAUCAUGUCAUUCAAAAGGCAAUCGAGCGAGUUCCAGCCCAGCACAUUCAAUUCAUCAUCAAUGCCUUCCACGAGCAGGUUCAACGCCUAGCCACACAUCCAUAUGGAUGCCGAGUCAUCCAACGAAUGCUCGAACACUGUGAGGAAAAUGCUCGACAAUCAAUACUGAGGGAACUUCAUGGCUGCGUGUCGACGCUUAUUACCGACCAAUUCGGGAACUAUGUUAUUCAACAUGUCAUUGAAAAUGGAGAGGAGAAGGACCGUUUCAAGAUCAUAUCCGUCGUCAUCUCUCAACUUUUCAUGUAUUCGAAACACAAGUUUGCCAGCAAUGUCGUCGAGAAAAGCAUCGAGUUUGGCGAACCUGGUCAGAAGGCAGAGAUCCUGAAACUUCUCACCACUAUGAAUGAGAAAGGAGAGAACCCGGCGUUGGCUCUUGUUCGAGAUCACCUGACUGACAAUGGUACAGAAAAGGUUCUCGGUCAUCUUAAAGGUAGCGAAAGGGAAGCUCUUGUCGAGCAAAUCCGAGCACACCUUCUACAUUUGAAAAAGUUCAACUAUGGCAAACAGGUCGCUGCCAUCGAGAAGCUCAUCUACAGCAUUGAGACUGAUUCCAAUCCGAGUGCUAGCAGCCAGAGCUCAAGCCUUCCUAGCACAACUGCCAGUACUGUUGAAGGUCCUACUGGGAAUGCGUUUGGGUUGAAGAACGUCGACUCUGAGCAGAUCAACACUCCUAGCCCAGCCACAAGCGCGCAGCACCCGGUCAAAUGA